AGUGACGUGGUCAAGUAUGUGGAUCGGGCGACGAGCACAGCCGGGUUCGCGACCGUUGCCCAGAGUUCUUGGGUCAACGAGGUUCUCGGAGGCAGUGGGUUGCUCAGUCCUCUCAAUGCUCUUCCCCCUUACAAAAUGCACAAUUUCCUGGGCAAGUGCAGAUACCUUCUGGCCAGGGAACACGUGGACGGCAAAUACAGCCUGGAAGCGGAUUACCGCAAUUCUCACGAUCCCGCGCACCCGAAACCCAGUCUCAUCUUCAACGCUCUCAAUCAAGAAGGCACUUACGAUUCCAUCACCAUCGAUCCCGAUUAUUCGGUGAAACUGAAUGGACAAUUGACAAACGUGCCUUUCCGUUCCGGAGAUGUCUGGGUGACGAAGGAGACCCCCGUGACCCUGCAAGUGAACUGGGAGAAGGAAGGAGUGACGCUUUUGUGUGACACGCGAUCAGAUUUCUGUCGAUUCCGUGUCACCGGCUGGCACCACGGCCGGGUUUCCGGGUUGCUGGGCUCCAACGACCGCGAACCUGUCACCGACAUGCUCUCGCCUUCCGGGGAGUUGAUUGAGUCAAUCAAUGAACUCGCUGGCAAAUGGAAAGUGAACGCUGAUUGCAAGGAUUCACCCCAACCCUUCUCCGGACCCGGUUUACCAGGAUGUGGAAAAGCCUUCAGGGACAACGCUUCACCUUUCGGUGAUUGCUUCAAGCGAGUGAACCCAGAACCCUUCAGAAAGGCUUGCAUGGAAUUGUCCGCCAGCAACGAGGAACAAUUCUGCGAUCUCGCGAAUGCUUAUCGCAUGGCUUGUUUCGAGAAGGGCAAGGCAUUGCCAGUCCUGAAGGAUUGCAAAAAAUGCGAUUUCGAUGGAAGGAGGAUCAAAGAAGGUACGGAGACUGAAGUGAGAACUUCAGCGACAUCAGCAGACGUUGUUCUCGUGGUGAACCAGGCCGAAUGCUUCGAAAACGUUUUGAAUUUGGAAACUUUCGUGAAGGAACUUCGAUCAAGUAGCAAAGAUCUUGGUGUCACGUGA